AUUUUCUCCAUCAUCAUACACUCAUCGUUCUUUCUUAUAUAGUAGUUUUCCUCGGUAUGGAUUCUAGUAGGCUUCUUCUGCUUCUUCUGUUUCUUGUCGGUGCUCUUGUCUCCUCCAAUGCCGCCAGGAAGCUCGUUCCCACUAAUGACAAGGCCUCGUUGGAGGAUCAGAAGAACUUGUUUCACCGUGGUGGUGGUGGCCUAGGAGGCGGAGGUGGUGGUGGUUUUGGUGGCGGCGGAGGAGUAGGUGGCGGUGCAGGAGCUGGAUUUGGGGGAGGUGCUGGUGCAGGUGGGGGAGCUGGUGGGGUUGGUGGCGGUGGCGGUGGCGGGUUUGGUGGCGGUGGUGGCGGUGGACUCGGAGGUGGAUCUGGAUUUGGAGGUGGUGCUGGAUUCGGGGGUGGUGCAGGUGCGGGUGGUGGGCUUGGUGGGGGAGCUGGAGGAGGUGGUGGUGGAGGUUUUGGCGGUGGCGGUGGACUCGGAGGUGGAGCCGGAGGAGGAUUUGGCGGAGGAGCUGGAGGAGGAGUUGGUGGUGGAUUGCCUUGAAAACAGAACUACAAGAAGAACAAGAUAUAAUUGACAUAUAUAGCUCCAUCUUCAUGCAUGUGUACCCUAUAAAAGUCAAAACCAAAAGCUAUCUAUGUAUUCUUGUGCUACGUUAUAAUUGUUUAACGUCCGUUUACGUGUAAUUUAAUCCAUGUUCUCUUGUUUGUAAACUUGCAAGGAUUCUAGUCCUAAAUUUAAUUUGUGUCCAAAAUAAUUAAUAUCAAAUGAAUAUUUACUUCUUUCAUAGCAAAA